AUGAUGCACCGGUGGUUUUCGUACUUUGCUGCGUACCUUGGGUACUGCCGUAUUGUGUCUGCCUGUGUGGGCAGGUACGCAAAUCUGUACCUGCCCUCACUGUCGGAUAUUCCGCACUUGCUCCUGGAGUUUUCCAGAGGGAAGGAGCUGGCGGGAAAACAGACAUUCAACGGCAGUGGCUCCUGCGGCUGGGCAGCCACUUCUUUCCAACUUAGGCCCAGUAUGGGUGAUCUACACCACCACAGCCACAGCCGCAGGCGCAGGCACUGCGUCAGCGCGAUUCAGAGGCUUUUGACGAUCCAAAUUAUCUGCCAACGUGUUGUCGGCUACUCCGAAGUUGCAACUACGACGGCACCAGUUUUCAAGCAGUAUAAUCAACUUGCAGAUACUUAUUUUCCAUCGGCCCACUUAUCGACUGACCAGCAAAUCUUCCUUCAACUCAGUCAUUCAGUCACUGUUAUCGGUAUCACGGUAGUCUACCUUCAGUUCAAUCACUUCAUCAACUUCGGUUCACGUAGAAUCAACUUGUCAAAGGAGCAACAUGUGUAUGCGAUCAACUCGUGA